AUGACAGCACCUCCUCCGCCGACCGGCUCCAGUGGGCAGCAGGCGCAUCCGCUUAGACCGUACUAUCAGCCGCCCGAGGACUCGGUGUUUAUCGCCACGGCUCCACGCUUCAGCAUGUCUGGGACUCCAAAUGCAUCGGCCGCGAGCUCUUCUUCGAAGGCAUACGGCACUUCAAGUGCUCCUAAACCAACUUCGAACCGAUACGUAUCGUCCAACGAUGCAAAGCCCUACGUCGCAACGACGUCCGCAGGAGGAUUCGGCGAAGCAGACGCCAGCGUCUCGGACAUCCUGCGCGCGCUCCUCAUCAGCGGCGCGCUCCAAUACACGAGCACAUGUCUUGCCAUGCCUUUCGAGGUGGGAAAACUCCUGCUGCAGGUACAGUGGGUACCGAGAGACGAUGUCUGGCUCUCACUCACACAGCAAGCGGCGCUGGCGCAACGACGUACCAUCGCAUCCGGCACCAGACAGUCAAAGCAAACUGCUCAUCAAUCGCAGGCUGAGGAGGCGACGGAAGCCUGGGAGCAGGAAGUAUCACCCGAGGCUGGCGAGUGGGAUGACGAAGCCGAUCCGCAGCACGAGGACGAUCUGCAAGAAGAUCUCCUCGAAGCGGAUAUCUCGGAUGAAGAGGAUGCCGACGCGUACUUCCGCGACGUCACAUCGAAGCCCUCGCGUCCGGAUACCUCGCUCUAUUCUGGCCGCAAGAAGCAACGCAUGGUGGAUGCAUCUGGCUACGUGAUGCGCAAAAGCGUUUACGACCAAGGCGCACGACCCGAAUUUGUCAUGCCCGUCGUCGUGAGAGGAGGCGUGUGGGAGAUGAUGAAAGCCGUCGGCCGAGGAAAAGAAGGCUGGCUGGGUCUCUGGAAAGGAUCGCUGACCUCGUUUAUCCUCGAACUGACCUCCUCCACAAUCCAACCCAUCAUCUCUUCCGUCCUGUCGCUGUUUGCACCCACAGCGCUCUCACCUCUUCCGCUCGCCUACGCGCCCUAUCCAUACAAGACUCUGGGCCUGCUGCUUUCGUCGCACCUCAUCACGGGUUUCCUCGUCUCCCCUCUCGACCUCGUACGCACCCGCUUGAUUGCACAGAGCACCCUUCCGGCGCAUCGCAAGUACAGCGGUCCCUACGACGCCAUCAAAAAGGUGGUUCGCGAAGAAGGUGGUUGGAAGACAGCGUAUCUGCAUCCCAACCUGCUCAUCCCCACCAUCCUCGAUUUCACCUUGCGUCCGUUGCUCUCACUUGGUGCGCCGCUGCUCAUCGAGCACACUCUUCGACUCGAGCCCAACACGCAUCCCAUCAGCUAUGCUCUUGCCGAACUCGCCAUCUCCACUGCCUCUCUCUGCAUCACACUCCCCAUCGAGACGGUCCGUAGAAGGUUGCAGCUGCAAAUCCGUAAACCACAAGGUGCCGAAGCGGAAGCAGCUGGCGCUAGCUCGUCGCGCAAGAUCACCAGUGCCAGUGUGCAACAGCAACAGCAACAGACGACUGUGACUUCGCAUGGGGGGAUCAACCUGAGCACUGGCAAUGUCGGGGUGCGAGGUCUGCGUACGUGCGUCGAGACGCGCCCCGUCGCCUACGUCGGUGUGGUGGAGGCGAUCUACCGGAUCGUGACCGAGGAGACCGUCGCAACGCACGUUCGUUCGCAACCAAAGACCGCAGAGGCAGGCUCGAAGGAGGCGUCCGAAUCGAAAUCGGAAUCGGCGGAGACAGCUCACGCCAUGGCGCAGUCGGGCAUUUUGGCUGCAAAGACAGGUCACUCGUCACUGGGCGGUGUUCGCUCGCUGUAUCGUGGGUUCGGGAUGGCGUUCAGUGCGAACCUGGUCGUCUUCAUGCUCACGCUCGUCAGCGGAGAACGGGCGGGUCCUGCUGGCUGGGCGGAAAUUUGA